AUGUACCAAAUUAGGUUGUGUUCCACAGAUCCAUCAUCGGUGCUGGAUCGUGUACUGGUAUGCAAUCUGUUGCGACAUUGGACACUGCUACUUGACGGAGAUGUGGAGAAGUGGAUUCGCGAUUUUGAAUUAUUCGCAUCGUGUAACGGCAUCAAAGAGAAUGCGUACAUGGUCACCACAUUGGGGGCACUGCUCACCGGACGAGCGAGGGCCGCUUACGACUUGAAUUUGGAAAGAAAUCAAGCUCUAGAUUAUGGGAUUUUGAAAUCUGCAUUGGUGGCAGAAUUUUCAAUGGAGGGUGACCGCGAUUACUAUGGUGGCUUGAUGGUAACUUGCAGAAUUCAGUGGUAG